CGCGGUGUGAAUCAGCCCAGCCCUGUGAGAGGCAGUUCGGCCCACUGUGCACAAAAACAUGGCGAAGUGAAGAUUUCAGCUGCGUGGAUAUUUGUGGAGUACUUUCAUAUAUCGAAAAAAAGAGGGGUUCGUCAAACACACUUCGUGUAACCACUGAGAGAGGAUUUCCUCUCCACUCCAGCAUCCUGAUUUGAAGAUGGAGUCUUCGGACAACGCGGGCGACGCGGGCGACGCAGCCCCCAUGAGCGCUCAGAACGUGUACUCGGCUCUGGGUCUGAGCUCGGAGGACGUCGAGGCUUUGGCUCAGAUCCCCGAGAAUGAGAUCAGCGUGGAAACCUUACCGUAUCUCAUCAUGCAGCUCAAAGCCAAGCGAGCCGAAAAGGCGGCCGCCGCUACCGACACGGACUGUAGCGACAAACCGGAGGCGGAGCCUAAACAGGCCGACGAGGAUACGGAAACUUCGGAAAAAGGAAAAGAGAAACGUGAAAGCCCGCCAGCGUCGAGUUCUUCACGUCAAGCGUCCGGCCACGACCCGGAGCAUCAUGGGAAGGGGGAGGGUCACAGGAGGGCGGAGCGAGCGAGCACGGGAGGAAGGAAGGACUCCAGAACGAGGAAGUCAUCCCGAGAGAGACAGAGCGGAGAGGGAGUGACGCCAGAGGAAAACGAGUUCGAUGACAAACCGACGGUUUUCCCGCACAUCUGUACACUCUGCAAGACUGAGAGCAAUGGCUCCAAGGCAUGGCACAGUCACAUCCGGGGAAUCCGACACACCAAAGCACGGAGAGAGUUCAUGAUGCUGUCCGGCUCAGGGGAUGACUCGUACUCGUCUCGUCGAGGUUCUCGCUCGGCUCUGCCCAGUAAACGGUCCUACAGUUCAGAACGGAGCACAGGAGACCUGUCCUCAACUUCAGAGCGUUUUUUUCACCCUCCUAAGCCCUUCACGAAGGUGGUAGUGGCCAAAUAUCCGAUGGGCAGCAUGGCCGUGGCGGACAUGUUGGCACUGGGAAAACCGUUUGGAACCAUAGUGAAGCAUCUCAUCUUCCCUUUUAAGGGAUUUCUGGAGUUCAGCUCUCAUGCGGAAGCGAAGGACAUGGUGACUCACUAUCAGACUAAACCCGCUUAUAUUAAGGGUCAGCGCAUCAGUCUGUGUUUAUCCCCGACCGUGGAGGUCAUCCACCCUCCAGAAGCGUACGAGCCGUCGACGAAGCGCUCGAAGUCGUCCGCUCCGUCGGUGGUGUGUUUCUCGCGUCUGCCUCUGGGGAAAGAGACCGAGGACAAGGUGCUGGAACUGGCGGCUUUAUUCGGGGAAGUGCGCUAUUCCAAAUUCACUGAAGACAAGGCUCUGAUAGAGAUGGUGGAUUGGCGUGACGCGGACAUCAUGGUGAAGUACUAUCACUCCAACCCACUGAGGAUUCAAGACAAGAGCAUCAAAGUGUCCAUGUCCUCCCGAUCAAACAUACGAGACAGCAGCCCCGAGCGUUCUUCCUCCAAAAAGUCCGACUCCAGCAAGAGCCACAGCAGCAGCAGCAGCAGACAGAAAAGCGAUUCGUCUUCCUCCAAGAGCGCGUCCAACGUCAAGGACAAGGAGAAGACCGACGAGAAGGAGGGGGAGAAGAAAGAGGAGAAGGAGGGGGAGAAAAAAGAGGAGAAGGAGGGAGAGAAGAAAGAAGGCGAGGAGGCCGAGAUGAAGGAGGACGAUGUGGCGAACGAGGAAGGCGUUCAGGUGGAGGAAGAACACAGCCUGGUAGACAAAGGGGAAGCGGAGAGCAUCGCCGUGAAGAUGGAAGAAGUACAAGAGAAGGAGGAGGAGGAGGAGGCGGCGGAGAAGGAAGGAGUGGAGCAGGUUGAUGCCAAGGAGGAGAGGAAAGAGGAAGAGGCGCAAGUUCAGGAGGGGAAAGACGAGAGUAAAGGAGAGCGAGGAUCCGAGGAGGACGUGGAGGAACAGGAUGAUAUGGAGGACAUGGAGUUCCCAGAUAACAUGGAUGACUUUGUCACUCUGGAUGAGCUGGACAACACGGCCGGAGAUUCGUUAGAGUCCUCCGAACCCAAGGAGGGUAAGGUGGUUGUUGUGAGACCAAUCAGGAACGAGUUUAAAGAGACUCGUAAGAAAGCCAUGAGAGAAGCUCUGUUCAAGAUGGCCGCCCCAUUCGGUGAAGUGGUCAACUUCGCCAUCUCCUACUAUAGACACGAGGCUCUGAUUGAACUGGAAUCUGUGGAGAAAGCACACGAGAUGGUGAAGUACUAUAAAAGCAGUAAGAGGUCGAAGCUGUGUGGGAGACCCGUGUCCGUGUCGCUGUGUCUGGCCUUCCACACCAUUGAGGGUCCCAGUGGCAGAACGUUGUUUAUCAGCAUGCUUCCUCCUUUCAAGUAUUCAGACAAGUCCCUCCUCAGACUCGCACGGCCUUUUGGGAAAAUCACCGCCUAUUGCUUCAACAGAGUGUAUGGAACGUGUUAUAUCCAAAUGGAGACAGUGGAAGCGGCUGAGAAAAUGAUCCAGAGGUACUUACCCUGGCCUCUUAAAUUCUACGGCACUCCGCUAAAGAUUACUAAGUGCAGGAAAGGAGACUCUCUGAUUCCCUGGACUCCAGCGGAUAAGUUUGAGUGCUGGUACGAGCCGAAGCUGGGGAGAAACAUAGAGGACAGGAGAGAGAACGGCCAGACGGCCAAAAACAGCAGCGGCGAGGAACGCCACAGUCCUGUUUCCAGCUCUGAAGGUGUGUGUGGAGAUCCUGCAGCCGAGGGUGAAGAUUCGGAGGAAGAGGAGAAAGACCAGACCCCCCUCGGACCCUACCAACCCGACAACCCCGUGGGUAUCAGCUACGUCGUCCCCAAGAGCGGCUUCUUCUGCAAGCUGUGUAACGUUUUCUACACGGACGAGAAAAAGGCCAAGUCGCAACACUGCAGCAGCCUGGAACAUUACAACAUGCUGAAGAAGAAGCGUGGAGAGGUGACGGAGGAGGAACAGACGGACGGACAGACAGAAGGAUGAACGAACGAGCCGUGGAGAUCAGACACCUGACUUCACUGCAGUCCAUAAAAAUGUUUUUUUUUUUUUUUUUGAGUUAAAAAAAAAAAAAAAGCCC